CUCACAGCCUGGGGUCUGAGGGGCGGGAGGCGCUGGUGCGGAGCUCGCGGUGGGGAAAGGAAGCCUUGACCGGAGCCACUGGCGGGAGCGGGGACUGAGACCCCCACCAGACUCAGAUCCCACAUGGCGCAGUGGGAGAUGCUGCAGAAUCUCGACAGCCGAUUUCAGGAUCAGCUGCACCAGCUCUACACAAAUAGCCUCCUGCCGGUGGACAUUCGACAGUACAUGGCUGUUUGGAUUGAAGACCAGAACUGGCAGGAAGCUGCGCUGGGCAAUGAUAAUUCCCAGGCUAAUAUGCUGUGCUUCCACUUCUUGGACCAACUCAACUAUGAGUGUGCCCGCUGCAGCCAGGACCCUGAGUGCUUGUUGUUACAGCAUAACUUGCGAAAAUUCUAUCGGGACAUUCAGGCCUUACCCCGGGGCCCCAUCCAAUUGGCUGAGAUGAUCUUUAAUCUCCUUCUGGAAGAAAAGAGAAUUCUGAUGCAGGCUCAGAGGGCUCAAGUGGAGCAAGAAGAGCCAGCCCUCGAAGCGCCUGUGCAGAGCCAGCAGCAUGAGAUUGAAUCCCGGAUCCUGGAACUGAAGGCCAUGAUGGAGAAGCUGGUGAAGGCCAUCAGCCAGCUGAAAGACCUGCAGGAUGUCUUCCUCUUCCGCUUCAAGGCUCAGGGCCCAGUGAGGACAUCUCCUUUGGACCCCCAUCAGACCAGACAGCAGCAGGUUCUGCAGGCAACUCUCAAUGAACUGGACAGAAGGAGAAAGGAGGUGCUGGAUGCCUCCAGAGGACUGCUGGGCCGAUUAACUACCCUAAUUGAGCUACUGCUACCCAAUUUGGAGCAGUGGAAAGUGCAGCAGCAGAAAACCUGCAUUGGAGCCCCCCCAGACGGAGGGUUGGAACUUCUCCAGCUAGAGAAGUGGUUCACAGAUGGAGCAAAACUAAUGUUUCAUCUGCGGCAGCUGCUGAAGGAACUGAAGGACUUGAGUCAACUGGUUAGCUAUGAGAAUGACCCUCUGAUCACAGGGGUGGACCUGCAGGAGGCCCAGGUCACAGAAUUGCUACAACAUCUGCUCCACAGAGCCUUUGUGGUGGAAACCCAGCCUUGCAUGCCUCAGACUCCCCAUCGACCCCUCAUCCUCAGGACUGGGACCAAGUUCACUGUCCGAACACGGCUGCUGGUGAGGCUCCAGGAAGGCAGCGAGUCGCUGACUGCAGAAGUCUUUAUUGACAAGAAUCCUCCUCAAUCACAAGGCUUCCGGAAGUUCAACAUUCUGACCUCAACCCAGAAAACUUUGACCCCCGAGAAAGGGCAGAGUCAGGGCUUAAUUUGGGACUUCGGCUAUCUGACUCUGUUGGAGCAACGCUCGGGUGGUUCAGGAAAGGGCAGCAGUAAGGGUCUGCUGGGUGUGACGGAGGAACUGCACAUCAUCAGCUUCACGGUCAGAUACACCUACCAGGGACUGAAGCAGGAACUGAAAGCAGACACCCUCCCUGUGGUGGUUAUUUCUAACAUGAAUCAACUCUCCAUCGCCUGGGCCUCGAUUCUCUGGUUCAAUCUGCUCAGCUCAAACCCUCAGAAUCAGCAGUUCUUCUCCAGCCCCCCAAAGGCCCCCUGGACCUUACUGGGCCCGGCCCUCAGUUGGCAGUUCUCCUCCUACGUUGGCCGAGGCCUCGACCAGGACCAGCUGAGCAUGCUGAAGGACAAGCUGUUUGGACAGAACUCGGGGAAUGAGGGUGCGCUGUUGUCCUGGGCCGACUUCACUAAGCGAGAGAGCCCGCCUGGGAAGCUUCCAUUCUGGACAUGGUUAGACAAAAUUCUGGACCUGGUACAUGAGCACCUGAAGGAUCUCUGGAAUGAUGGGCGCAUCAUGGGGUUCGUGAGCCGGAGCCAGGAGCGCAGGCUGCUGAAGAAGACCGUCUCUGGAACCUUCCUGCUGCGCUUCAGCGAGACGUCCGAAGGCGGCAUUACCUGCUCCUGGGUGGAACACCAGGAUGAUGAUAAGGUGCUCAUCCACUCCGUGAAGCCCUUCACCAAGGACGUGCUGCAGUCGCUCCCGCUGACCAAAAUCAUCCGCCACUACCAGCUGCUCACCGCGGAGAACAUUCCCGAGAACCCGCUGCGCUUCCUCUACCCCCGCACCCCCCGGGAUGAAGCUUUCGGGUGCUACUACGAGGACAAAGUUAACCUCGAGGAGCAAAGGAAGUACCUGACCCGGAAGCUCAUCGUGGUCUCUAACAGACAGGUGGAGGAGCUGCAACAACCGCUGGAGCCUAAUCUGGAGCCAGAAGUAGAGCCAUUAGACCUACCCCUGGGCCUAGCACCAGGGCAAGAGCUAGGACUAGACCUGGAAUUGGAGCCACUGCUAAAGGCAGGGCUGGAUCUGGGGCCUGAGCUGGAGCCACUGGAGCCCGAGCUGGAGCUGGAGCCCACACUGGACCUGGGACCAGAACUGAAGCUGGAGCCUCUUCUAGAGCCUGUUUCACAGCCCGUGCCAGAGCCAGAGCCAGAUUUGCCCCAUGAUCUGAGACACUUGAACAUUGAGGAGAUGGAAAUCUUCAGAAACAACAUGAAGAUUGAAGAAAUCAUGCCAAACGGAGACCCACUGUUAGCUGGCCAGAACACCGUGGAUGAGGCGUACAACUGCCACCAGAGCCAUUUCUUCACAGAUGGGCCCUUGACUCCUGACUACUAGGACUAUGUUUCCUCUGUUCUUUCCAUAUCUUUUACCCCAUAUAACCCCGCAUCAUAGUGUUGCUCUCCCAGGAUGGGAAAUCAGGCACGUGCCUCUUCUAAGCUGGGUUAACGGCCUGAUUUGAAGUGAGAGGGACAUGUGAACCAGAACAGAUGUUGGCCAUGGCUCUAACUAGGAUCCUGGAGGCUGCCUGCUGCACUGGAAGGGGUAGCGGUUUUAGGAACAGGCCAGGACAGUUAGGAGGAGCUUGGAGGGCUCAGAGAAGUUGCUCCUUUCCAGUAUGGAAGAAUUUCAACUUUCUAAUAGCUGGUAAGGCUAACCUGGCGCCCACUAGCGGUGGCCCUCAGGGGGGAACUGACACAUGGCAGGACUCCAUUUCUCCCUCAUGCCCAGGAUGACCUUCUCCUUUCUUCUUCCCCUCACUCUUGUCCUAAAUUUCCUCUUUUCCUACAGGGACUGAGAGCUUUCUGCCUCAGCCACACUGGGAAGCUCCCCUCUGAAGAGGAAGUAGGAGGUAGACCUCCUCUUCUUACCGAUCUCCCUCCGACACCCCCCCACACACCCCCCUACCCCUGCACACACCCCAGAGCCAGGGCUGGGCCUGGAGUUAGAGCCACUGCUAAAGGCAGGGCAGGACCUGGAGCCUUUAGCAGUGGCCACAUCCAUUCCUCCCCUGGAAGCCGAUCCUACCAGCCUAACGUGCCUGUGAAGCUUUGCACAAUAACUAAUGCUGCCUAGUCUCCACUUCCCCACUGCUUAGGAGACCGGGGAUGUCCGCUAGCUGGGGACUCAGGAACUGCUUUUUAUAGUACAGAUUGGUACGUUUACAGAGGGAGAGAAGCCCUGGGUCUUAGAUAUUUCUCUAUUAAGACGUCAUUCCUUUCUUUUGUGCAAUAUAUUGUUUACCUGAAAAGACUGUUUCUAUUCCUUGGGCAUGGACCUGGGCAGAGAUCACGUUCCUGGAACUUAGGACCUUGAAGGUUUUUCAUGAGCUCUGGACAACCUCCCACCUUAGCCAUUCCCAGGAAACCCCGGGACAACUGCCUUUGCUCUAAGAUGUGCUUCUAGUAAACCUGA